UCUCUUUCAACAGAGAAGUUUCCUCCUUUAUAUUGCUAGGACUUUUCCUUUCCAUGCUGUCAUAUUCACUCCCUUAGCUAGCCACGAGUCACUGAGACAAGGCCAAAACAAUUCAUGGAAUCAAGGUACCUCCUGCGCUUACUCCUCUUCGCCGGCGUAUGCCUUCUCUUCCUUCUCACGUGGUUUCACAUUCCCUACGCUCCGUCGUCUGCCACCGAAUACCUCGACUGUAACACCUACUCUCCUUGGUGCACCUCCAAGAACCGACUCUUUUCCAAGCAAACCAACAAAACUUCUCUCGUCAACAAUCCCAUUAAUCCCACGCGCCGCCGGGACCACGCUUCCGAAACUCCACAUCAUCCACUAGACCCACUCACCGUCCAGGAGAUUAACAAGGUCCGCCGCCUCUUGUCCUCUCACGCGCUCUUCAACUCUGCCAAGUCCCACGCGUUCCACUCCAUAGUACUGGAGGAACCCGAGAAGGAUCUGGUCCUCAAAUGGCGAAAAGGGGAUCCACUCCUUCCCAGAAAGGCCUCCGUCAUCGCACGUGUGGACGGCGUCUCGCACGUGCUGACGGUUGACCUGAGUACUGGAGAAGUCGUGUCGCAGGACUCUGUUCCUCACUCCGGUUACCCCAGCAUGACCAUAGAGGAUAUGAAUUCAGCGACGUGGGCCCCGCUGGCUAGUGCGGAGUUCAACCGUACGGUAGUUUCCCGCGGGGUGGAUCUAGCGGAUCUUGCAUGCCUGCCAAUCUCGCUGGGCUGGUUCGGCGUGAAGGAAGAAAACCGUCGGUUGAUUAAGGUGCAGUGCUACUCCAUGAAGGACACUGCAAAUUUUUACAUGAGACCAAUCGAAGGCUUGACUGUGCUCGUUGACUUAGACACCAAAGAAGUUCUGGACAUAUCAGAUACGGGCAAGGGUAUACCCAUACCCAAGGCCGUCAAUACGGACUACCGUUACGACACCGUCGGGGAGCACAAUCGAGAUAUGAACCUUCUCAACCCGAUAUCCAUCGAGCAACCGAAAGGUCCGAGUUUCGUCAUAGAAGACGGACAUACAGUCAAAUGGGCGACCUGGGAAUUUCACCUGAAACCCGACGCAAGAGCUGGUAUUGUAAUAUCUCGGGCCAAGGUUCGGGACCCGGACAGCGGGAAGAUGAGGGAUGUCAUGUACAAGGGGUUUACAUCCGAAUUAUUUGUUCCUUAUAUGGACCCGACGGACGCCUGGUACUUCAAGACGUACAUGGAUGCAGGGGAAUACGGAUUCGGGUUGCAAGCUAUGCCGCUUGACCCGCUUAACGACUGUCCGAGAAACGCCCAAUACAUGGACGGUGUUUUCGUGGCCGCCGACGGGACUCCCUACGUCCGUUCCAACAUGGUUUGCGUGUUUGAGCGUUACGCCGGGGAUAUUGGAUGGCGGCACACGGAGAGUCCGAUCACGGGUUUGCCGAUAAGGGAAGUGAGGCCAAAGGUGACACUGGUUGUAAGGAUGGCAGCAUCAGUUGCAAAUUAUGAUUAUAUUGUUGAUUGGGAAUUCCAAACUGAUGGACUAAUUAGGGUUAAGGUGGGACUUAGUGGUAUUUUAAUGGUGAAAGGGACUCGCUAUGAGAAGAUGAGCCAAGUGUUUGGGGGCCAAGAAAAUGAUCUCUACGGCACGUUAUUAUCUGAAAAUGUAGUGGGAGUGAUCCAUGAUCAUUACAUCACAUUCUACCUUGACAUGGACAUCGACGGCUCAGAUAAUUCCUUUCUCAAAGUUAAUAUCCGACGGCAAGAAACCUCACCAGGGGAAUCACCCAGAAGAAGUUACCUCAAGGCCGUAAAAAAUCUGGCCAAGACAGAGAAAGAAGCACAGAUAAAACUGAAACUCUACGACCCGGCAGAGUUCCAUAUGAUCAACCCAGGUAAAACCACUAGAGUCGGCAACCCGGUCGGGUACAAGGUUGUUCCUGCAGGUACUGCUGCUGGCUUGCUUGAUCUUGAUGACCCACCACAGAAAAGAGGUGCUUUUACAAAUAACCAAAUAUGGGUCACUCCAUAUAAUCGGAGCGAGCAAUGGGCAGGUGGGUUGUUUGUUUAUCAGAGCAAAGGUGAUGAUACUCUGGCAGUGUGGUCCGAUAGGGACAGAGAGAUAGAGAAUAGAGAUAUUGUGUUGUGGUACACGCUGGGAUUUCAUCAUAUACCAUGCCAGGAAGAUUUUCCGAUCAUGCCAACGGUGACAUCAAGCUUCGAUUUAAAGCCUGUUAAUUUCUUUGAGAGCAAUCCCAUUCUUCGGAUACCACCGAACUUUGAGAAAGAUCUACCUGUUUGCAGGCCUGCUGGUUCAUCUUGAUCAAAUCUCUUGUAAAAAUCUGCUUACACGUGAAGCACCGGUCGUAUUAUUAUAUAUAAUAAUAUACUGCAUAUCUAAGUUUCUCUUCUCCUUUCACCGUAAGCUGGGGUGGGUUAAUUAAUUACCAUUCACGUGUCAUGCUCAAAAAAUUGAAUUAAGAAUUCCCAGUUGGAUUUCUUAACAAUUGGUUCUGAGUUCUGAUGUAUAUUAAUAUUUCACCACAAAUUACGAGCUACCUACCAACAUA